CAAAGAAUGGGGAUGCCCUUUAUGCCUCUCAAUUUUGCUCUCCACCCAUCAGUAUCUCUCUAUUAAUACUCUAAUCAUCUCCUUAACUUGACGUCCUUGAUUUCUUAACCUAACCUAACCUUGUCUUUCCACAGGAUGGGUAUGUUCUUCGCGCCAGGCCUUCCCCUCCUCAACACCUUCAAGCUGCUGGUGCUGCUCUACGUUCGUUCCUGGGCAGUCGUCACUUCAAAUGUCCCCCCAGAAACUGUCUUCAAGGCCUCCGAUAACAAUAAUUUCUACCUUCUCUUCCUCCUGACAAUGCUCUUCCUCUGCACGCUGCCUGUCGGGUAUGCCGUGGUGUGGCUUGAACCGUCCUGGCACUGUGGACCCUUCAGCGACUACCCCAAGAUUUACCAGCUGGCCACCUCGACCCUGAUAGGUGGCCUCCCGCCCUCCCUCUACCCCAUCAUCGACUACAUCUCCUCCCCUGGUGUGGUCAUCCCUGCCGGCCUCCUGCUCGUCCUUGUGAUCUACUACCUCGUCUCCCUCACGGCAGCGCUCAGGGAGGCCAACAGUGAUCUGAGGGAUCAGCUGCGUCAGGAAAGGUCCGCCGAGAAGAGGAAGGCCCUGGACGCACGCUCUGGGAAGGGACGAAGCGAGACACCGACAUCCAGGUGGGGCCGUGUGGUUCCUCUCACGCCCUUACCGCGGCCUCGACUAGAUGCUACCAGCAGCGACCCGGAGAAGACGGCAGCGCAUGUCAAGAAGCCUCACGCAGCUUUAUCCCCCGAGGCCGAGAACGGACCCAUCAUAGCCUUGUGUGACCCCCCAAAGCCCAAGGACGAGGGGCCGUGGCCUGACGACGUGACAGACUUGGGCCACUCGGAGGUGUUCGACGAUUCACUUUCCGAGUCACGGCAGGUGGGGAGGGAGAAGAUGCGGGGGGAGGGCACUUCCGAGAGACACGAGAGAGUGAAGGAGUACCCAGAGAAGGAGAGGGAGCAGGAGAUUCACCACAGAGGGAAGUCGAGAAAGAACUCCUUCUCGAUGCCAGCAAAGGAGGAGGGUGAAUUCAUCUUAUCCCGAGUGCCAAAAGGGAGGCAGAAAUCAUACGGUAGCCAGACUCGAGGCCACAGACUACCCCAAGAGAGGAAACAGUCCGACGAGAGCCUCCACCGUGACUCGCCGACCAAACCAAAGCCUAGACCGUAUGUAGACUCACCCAGGGAACGCCGUAGAAGCUCGAGCUCAUACGCAAGCAAAGUCAAGCACAAGUUCAUGGACGAGAGCGCUCCGGAACCCAACACAACCCAGGAAGUGAACAAGACCGCCAGAACGCACCGAGGAUUAGCCAAGCGGGACUCUGAUAAGCUGCCCCCAGAGCCAGAGACGCCGACUAAGGGAGCGCCGUCGGUUAGGCAUCGCAGGGAGCCGUCGAUACUGAAGAUGGACGACCUGAGGAGAGGGAGCAACGGGCAGAAGGCAGGAGGCAAAGGGGCUACAUCAGGGCACCAUCGUAGCAGCUCGGACGACUCUCAGGGCAUGCAGACGAUUCCUAUUAUCAAGAUCAGCAAGGAGGACAGUGUUGAGCGUUCCCUUCAGCAGGCAAAACUACAACGCCAGGACAAGACACAGGAGGAGACCGAUGCCACAGCCGCCACCAAGCACCCCUCGCAAAGCCCUGACGCCACCUCACACAGCCCCAAACACCCCUCAAACAGCCCUGACGCCCCUUCACGCACCACCAAGCACCCCUCGCAAAGCCCUGACGCCACCUCACACAGCCCCAAACACCCCUCAAACAGCCCUGACGCCCCUUCACGCACCACCAAGCACCCCUCGCAAAGCCCUGACACCACUUCACACAGCUCAAACACAGCCUCGCCACAGUCCAGGGAUCGCAGCGGCAGUAACAACAUCGACUUAAAAACUGUGCCAGGGAAGGAAGUCUCGGUUAAGCCUAAGAAAUCUAAGCCUGCCCCCAUUGAGACGAACUUAGAUGACCCGUACCUCCCGGAGUCGGACACGGUUGCCCUAAUUGCUAAGGUCAAGGAUGAGAUUGUCCCCCUUCAGUUAGCCGUUGAGGAGGAGACAGUGAUUCUAAGCUCAGAUGAGGAGUCGACGCUGCUUGAAAAAUGAGGUGAGGGACGGCUUUGUAGUUUGUAGAGGAGUGAGGUAAUGGAUUUGGUAGCUACGUAGUUUGUGGAAAAAUAAAUGGUCUGGUAGUUGUUUUUGAAGUUCGUAGAGAAAUAAGGUUACGAUCUGAAAAUGAGGUUAUGGUAGUUUGUAGAGGAAUGAGGUAAUGGUUUUGGUAGCCAUGUAGUUUGUGGGAAAAUAAAUGGUCUAGAAAUUGUUUUUGAAGUUCGUAGAGGAAUGAGGUUACGAUCUGAAAAUGAGGUUAUGGUAGUUUGUAGAGGAAUGAGGUAAUGGUUUUGGUAGCUACGCAGUUUGUGGGAAAAUAAAUGGUCUAGAAGUUGUUUCAGAAGUUCGUAGAGGAAUAAGGUUACGAUCUGAAAAUGAGGUUAUGGUAGUUUGUAGAGGAAUGAGGUAAUGGUUUUGGUAGCUACGUAGUUUGUGGGAAAAUAAAUGGUCUAGAAGUUGUUUUAGAAGUUCGUAGAGAAAUCAGGUAACGAUCUGAAAAUGAGGUUUUGUUAGUUUGUAGUUUGUGGAGAAAUGAAGGUCUGGUGUGGUAGUUAAUGACAGACUAGUAGAGGUAAUGGUCUAGUAGUUAUUUAUAAAGUUUGUGAAGAAAUAAGGUACAGGACUGUUACGAGAGAUAAGGCAUUGGUCUGCUAGUAUUCUGUAGUUUAUGGAGAGACUAGCUAAUGGUCUAGUUAUGACUCUUAAAGUUUGUAGAGAAAUGAGGUAAUGUUUUGAUAGUUAUAGAUGUUGUUGGUCAGGUUGUGAUAGCACUUGAAUUUGUGAGAGGAAAGUAUUCAGAUUGUCCUUGUAUGGCCUGUGCAAAAGCCGAGCGUUAAUAAGAAAACCGACGAUGAAGGGAGAGUGAGACAUGUUCAGUUCAGUUACAGGGAUCAUUUGCUCUCUGAAAUGUGCUAGAUAUAUACGAACAUGUGUUUUAUGGGUGACUCCAGUAUACAGGGAGAGGUCACCCCUUUUAAUUUUUAUCACGAUCAUAAAUGGUACUUGCAUAAUUGGUUCCAUUGGAGUCCCACAUUUAUACGAUCUCUUAUUGUUGCACUUGUCUGUUAUAAGGGAUAGGUUUAAGUACCUCUCGUUUAGCUGUACUGUUCACUCCUACGAUAAUGUUACGGGGUAUUAUUAAGACCCAUAAAUGAGCACACAGCAGCACUCGCAUAACUUAUUCUGUCCGUGCCAAAUUUCCUUAACAAUGUAUUUUAGUGAUCAGUCGGUCCGUGAUGACUUUGCAUUUGUUCUGUGACAUGUAAGUCCUUAUUCAAUUGUAUGUUGAAGCUGGUGUGAUUAUAUUGACAACACGGAUUAUGGAGGGAUGUUAUUGCCACCUUCCCACAGUAGACUUGACCUUUGUUUCUGAAGAUUUAACUCCUAUUAGUGAUUUUGGGACAGUGGUGACAUAAGCCCACUGUAACCUGUCCGCUGCGAUUGGCACGGAUUUUGCCUUCACUGGUAGCCUGGUAACAUAUAGUCCCAAGUCUUUCUCUGCCUCUGUGGUGGAUAGCGGAGUGUUUCCCAUGUGGUAUUGGUGUGCUGGAUAUCCCUUCACUGGUACCCUGGUAACAUGUCCCAAGUCUUUCUCUGCCUCUGUGGCGGAUAGUGGAGUGUUUCCCAUGUGGUAUUGGUGUGCUGGAUAUCCCCUUUACAUUUCUCUUCAGUGAAUUGUAUCAGCCACUCUUUGUUCCACUCCUGUAGCUUGGUGAUGUCUUCUAGUGGGAAAUCCACAUCCAAGGGGUUGAAAGUCCUGUCUCAACUACCAGAAUGUUUAUUCAGCAUACACCAUAGAAAAUUGACAAAAGGUUUAACGCUUGAGUAUGCCAAGAAAUGUAAAGAGACUAUUGAACAUGUUAACCACGUCUUGAUGAACCAUGUCCUGCCUUUCUGCAAGUAAAGAGUAUCUAGCGUAACAACCAAUGGGGUCCUCAUUACGAUGGGAGCACAGUUAUGUUUUGGUGGUCAGGGUCACUAAACUUUAGAUUAAGUCAGUUAAGUUAACCUAGCCAUAACAAUUGAAAUGAACACCUACAUAAACUUCAUUGCACAAGACAAGAGGAUUUCGUAACACA